AUGGAGCGUCUUUUCGGAGUUGACGGGCUUCUGCGACGAAUAGUUUCGACGGUUGUGUUGGUGACUCACGAGGUUGAAUGUCUAUUGUAUGCGGACCAGGUGCUGGUUAUUUCGGACGGGAAUCUCCGCCGGGAAGACGCCCCCGAGAGAAGCAUCCACCAAGCUUUGCUACCCGACGCUGUAGCAAAUGAGGGCUUGGAGGAAAGUACAGAAUUGACAAUGAAAGAUAAAGCAGCCGAGAUCUCUAAAGCGAAUGAUAUUAACGAUCUCAGAAGAGCAACAGGAGACUCGGCUGUUGAUAGGUACUACUUGCGCUACAUUGGCUGGACGAAUGCUAUGAUUUUUGUUUUCUUCGUGACUGUCAAUGUCUUCUCCAGUACAUACAGCCAGAUCUGGCUCGAGCGGUGGGCUAACCGUGGCGGGGGUCAGAAGCCCCUCUAUGUCACAAUAUACUUCCUCCUCGCGAUUUGCAACAUCAUCGGGAAUGGUGGCUGCAUUUGGGCUAUCUUGAUCCUGAUUUCGCCGGCAACGGCACGCCGCCUUCAAUACGUCGUGUUGAAGACUGUUAUAAGCCAAGACAUGACUCUCAUUGAAAGCCAAUUGCCUAUCGGCGUGCUGAUUACUGUCUCAAUUGAGGGACUUGCUACAAUCCAAGCAUUUGGGUGGGAAUCAGACUUCCAAAGCAAGAAUUCAAGACUCUUGGACGUCACCCAACGCACGUACUAUAUGCUGAACUGCAUUCAACGUUGGCUUAGUCGGGUCCUGGACCUCAUUGUUGCCGCAGAAGCCAUUCUUGUCGUCAGCCUUGCGGUAUCUUUGAGGCAAAGCACUAGCGUGGGAUUACUCGGUGUCUCACUUAACAGCAUCCUCUCAUUCAACGGAAGUCUCUCACCUUUGACCUUGGGCUGGAUACAGCUCGAGAUAUCACUUGGUUCAAUCUUAAGAGUCAGGAAUUUCGAAAUGGACGUCAUCAGUGAAGUCACAAGCGGAAAAAUAGAGCCGCCCAGCGAUUGGCCUGAUCAGGGCGCAAUAAACGUUUCAAACGUUACUGCCCAGUACCAUCCAAAGGCUAUUGCCUUGAAGAAUAUUUCCUCAUUGCUUCUCCUGGUCAGAAGGUCGGUAUUCGUGGGCGCACUGGGAGGUGUUCUCAGUAUCACGAAUGGAUCAAUUCUGAUCGACAACGUUGAUCUUGCCACCAUUCCACCUGAAACGGUCCGAGAAAGGCUUGUCACCAUUCCCCAGGAUCCAUUCAUCAUGGUGGGAUGUACAUUCGGAUUGAACACAGACCCCACUGGAAAGUCCUCCGAUGCAGAUAUCGUCGCUGCCCUAGACCGAGUAGGGAUCUGA